GCCGCGGCUCCCCCGCACCUGCGGCCAUGGAUGAAGAGCGCGCCCUCUCCAUCGUCCGGGCCGGCGAGGCGGGGGCUAUCGAGCGGGUCCUGAGGGAUUACAGCGACAAGCAUAGGGCCACUUUCAAAUUUGAAUCAACAGAUGAAGAUAAAAGAAAGAAACUCUGUGAAGGUAUAUUUAAAGUCCUUGUAAAGGAUGUCCCAACAACAUGUCAAGUGUCCUGCCUGGAAGUACUCCGCAUUCUCUCCAGAGACAAAAAGAUUUUAGUUCCUGUAACAACUAAGGAAAAUAUGCAAAUACUGCUGAGACUAGCCAAGCUGCAUGAGUCGGAUGAUUCUUUGGAGAAGGUGUCAGAGUUCCCGGUUAUUGUAGAAUCAUUAAAGUGUCUGUGUAACAUCGUGUUCAACAGUCAGAUGGCCCAGCAGCUCAGCCUGGAACUGAAUCUCGCUGCAAAGCUCUGUAACCUCCUGAGAAAGUGCAAGGACCGAAAAUGUAUCAAUGACAUAAAGUGCUUUGACUUGCGCUUGCUCUUCCUCUUGUCACUUUUGCACACUGACAUCAGGUCACAAUUGCGCUAUGAGCUCCAGGGACUCCCGCUGCUAACCCAGAUCUUGGAAAGUGCCUUUAGCAUCAAGUGGACCGAUGAGUAUGAAUCGGCCAUAGACCAUAAUGGACCUCCUCUCUCACCUCAGGAGACAGACUGUGCCAUUGAGGCCCUCAAAGCUCUCUUCAAUGUAACAGUAGACAGUUGGAAGGUGCAUAAAGAGAGUGAUUCUCAUCAGUUCCGUGUCAUGGCAGCUGUCCUUCGCCAUUGUUUACUAAUCGUAGGUCCAACUGAAGACAAAACAGAAGAGCUGCACAGCAAUGCCGUCAACCUUUUAAGCAAUGUUCCAGUCUCUUGUUUGGAUGUUCUCAUUUGUCCAUUAACCCAUGAAGAAACAGCUCAAGAGGCGACGACUCUAGAUGAACUGCCCAGUGAUAAAACAACCGAGAAGGACACCACUUUGAAAAGCAAUACCCUGGUAUACAAUGGCAUGAAUAUGGAGGCCAUUUAUGUUUUACUCAAUUUUAUGGAGAAGAGAAUUGACAAGGGAAGCAGCUAUAGAGAGGGUCUAACUCCAGUUCUCAGCUUAUUAACAGAGUGUUCUCGAGCCCAUCGGAAUAUCCGAAAAUUUCUCAAAGAUCAGGUUUUACCGCCAUUGAGGGACGUGACAAACCGACCUGAAGUUGGCUCAACUGUGAGGAAUAAGCUGGUGCGCCUCAUGACACACGUUGACCUUGGAGUCAAGCAGAUUGCUGCGGAGUUCCUUUUUGUCCUUUGCAAAGAGAGAGUGGAUAGCCUGCUGAAGUACACUGGCUAUGGGAACGCCGCAGGACUGCUGGCGGCCAGGGGCCUCUUGGCUGGAGGAAGAGGAGACAAUUGGUACUCGGAGGACGAGGACACGGACACUGAAGAAUACAAAAAUGCAAAACCAAACAUUAAUCUUAUCACUGGUCAUUUAGAGGAACCAAUGCCAAACCCUAUAGAUGACAUGACAGAAGAACAAAAAGAAUAUGAAGCCAUGAAACUUGUCAACAUGCUUGAUAAACUCUCCAGAGAGGAGUUGCUUAAGCCAAUGGGACUAAAACCUGAUGGGACAAUAACUCCCUUGGAGGAAGCACUCAGCCAGUACUCUGUCCUUGAAGAGACCAGCUCCGACACGGACUGAGCGCCGUCACCUGCCCCGCUCUCAAUAUGGCUUUCAUCAGCAUCUUUUCUCUGUAGCUCCAGGGGAAUCUUUUUCUCUAAAACAUUUAUGCCCUUGCUUUGGCUAGAAACACAUUAGCUGGUUUACUCGUUGGGUACCCAGCGUAUGUAAGAGGUGGUCCUGUGUUCUCUGCGACAGUGAGGCAUCCACGUAGAGCUGGAGUUAGGCAGAGGUGCGGGCUAGGAGCAGAAGCAGUCAUUCCAUUUCAUCAGGAUGCAGUGCGGGACUUCACUCUGCCGAGCAGCCCCGCUCCAGUCUGGCAGUGUUGUCGCCAGGGUUCCUAGCCGAAGAUUCAGCCGUGUCCCUCCACUGGCUCGUAAACCGCCCCUUCUAAGUCUCUCCAGCAACCCAGGCACACGAGAGGCCGAGGAGCUGGUAACUAAGGGCUGAGGCAGGUGACUCCUUAGAUCAGCACUGACUGAGUGGAAGCCAGGCAGCUGCCCUGUACACCUAGUCCACCCUUCAUUUCAGUUUUAUAUAAAUGUGGAAACACACACACAGAGCCCCAGACUUACAAACCUGUUACACUCUUGAAAGUUUGUAUGUCACUUAGCGAAAACUUCAGACUACAGCUCUCCCUGUGAGGAGUUAGAAAUGAUGGUUUAGUUCCAGGCAGCUACAUGUGCCUAUUUAUUCCUCAUGUUCCUGAACACUACACGUACCGUAGGGCUGGACCACCAUCUGUACCGCUGCAUCCAGAGCGUGCAUUCUGAGGUCUCACUCAGGGUGCCAAGUAUACACUCAUCCUCCAGGCAACAGAGAGGAUGGGGCUCCCCGAGUAGUGGGAGUUCUUUCGUGGCCUGUGCUGGGGGUAGGGAGCCAACAGCACCCAUUUGUACAUAAAGGUCAUUCGUAUGUCACAUGUUUUAAACAAGGGUCUCUGUGUGUAUUUGUGUGUGUGUUCUUUCUACCAUAUGUGAUCAGUUUAAUGGUAACUUUAUUUAUUUAAAAAAAGAAACACAAAUAGUUACUAUUAAACUGAUUAAGGCUGUUUAUUUUUACUCUUAGAAAUGGUCAUAUGAAGUAGACGUGCAAUCAUGUAGACAGGCCAAGUUGAUCAGUGGCUAAAGUUAAAAAGGGGUUGGUUUCCUUUCAUAUAUGUAUGGAUGUGUACCUGCACAUCCAUACAUAUAUGCACACACAUAGAUUAUGUGCUUAACCACUGCCUUUUAAAACUUUAAAUUAAAUAAAACAUUGGGGAUGACUCAAUUUGGCCAUCUGUGUGUGUUUCUUUAUGGUACAUGGGCUAACAACACCAUUGCACAGUUUAUGUUUCAAAGUGUUUUCCAUCUGUUAACCUCACUUGUCAUCAUAUAACCUCUUUAAAGGAUGAAGUAUGCAUAAUACCAGUGAGAAUGGCAUUUAUCCUAAAUUAUUUCUGACAAACCCUCACAUCAAGCAUUGAAUCGGAAAAGGCCUUUGAGCUGCCAGAGAGAUGUAAGUUUCUUAAAAUUUACUCAGAGGGGAACCUUUAAAGAACAAUUGCACCACUGAGAUUUACGUUCAUUUCUAACGUGUCAUUGCUUGGACUUUAAGCCCCACCCCCCACACCCCCAAAAGCAGAGGAGGAGUUUACUAGACUUAAAGUAGAGGCACUGAAAGCAAAAGACGCCAGCUGGGGGGAAAGGCCGGCAGCACCUAUUCAUCACAGUUCAGAUGGGGUCAGACCCAUGCCAGGGUGGAGCGAGAACAACACUGUCCAAGACCAAGCAAACCUGGGACUCUACUUCCCUAAGAACACCCAAGUUCACCCAGAAAAUAACGUGUGUGAUGCUGUGGCCAUAGACAUAUUUUCCUAAUGGUGGCCCUGAGCUGCUGUAAAAGAAUAAAUUCUUUGUAAGUGACUAGGAAGAGUAUGUGCAUUAUAGGAUUUUUAUCCAAUAAUUGUUGGGGAGAGCUUGUGGUCCAUGUUUUAGCCAAUGGUGUAUAAAAUUUUCAUUUUAUUUAGCAAUUCAUGAUUUUAGCUUAAGUGGAAAAAUCCAGAGAAAAAGAAUUUAAUUAUUUUGUUAUUUCAUUCUACAAAGCAUUUUGAAAGUAUUUUUAUAAUCUCUGGUCAGAUAGCUUUGCCGUGAGUAUCAGCCUAACAAAUCAGGCCGUGCCUGGUGAGAUGCUCCUUGCAGGCCCCGAGCACAGUGCUUGCUGGGUGCUGUAGGGUGCUGUAGCUCUGCUCCUAGGCGCUCAGUCAGUUCUUUCCACUUCGCAUCUCUCCGGACUGUGUACUUCUCUUUUUUUUAAGGAUUAAUUCUUAGAAAGAAGAUGGAAUAGUUUCACCUUACACACAGAAAGAACACUGAGCAUCAAGUUACAUGUCUUCUCUGUAACCACCCCAUCUCAAGGCAGCACCUCUCCAGAGGACUUGCCCUUAGUUCCCGGCCCAGCAGCCCGCCAGAGUCCAGCUGCAGGCUCGACUUCAACACCUUCCCCACUGCAUGUCUGACCACACAGCCAGAGGCUUUGAGACGGAAGCAGCGUGGGCUGCCGGAGGUGGUCGCUCUCGGGCCAUUUCAAGCAAUAACUAUGUUAGCAGAAGCAGUCUCAGACUUUCCCAUCGUCAGGGAGAUGCCGGCAUGGGAGUGAGAAGUGUGGUCAGUUAGGAGAGUUUAAAUGAAGACCUGGGCACCUUUAGGUCAGAGAGCAGUGGUGUGGGCUGUUCCCUCUCCAAUGAGAGGGAUGGGACAGUGGCCACUGCCGUCUCCAGCCUCCGCCUACACUGGCCUCUGGAAGUGAAGGAUGGAUGGGGAAGCAUGUCCUAAAGUGAGGCAUUCGAGCUGCUUGAAAGAACAGUUCCCAGAUGGCUGUGAUCUUUCAGGUGCCCUGUGGCCCUCAGUGGCAGACGCUAGCCUUCCUUCAUAUAUGACAGUGUGAAGCUUUGCGAGUGACUCCACGACGCCUCAGCACACAAAUCUUGCUGCCUCCCAGGACUAGGUAGGUGUCAGCCUGCAUCCCCCUUGUCUGUCAAAGUCACACAUGUUCCCUGUAGAAUAUUGGGAAAGUGCAGGAAACAAGCUCAUCGCUGACCCAGAGUCCUCCCUCCCUGAGCAUCACUGUUAAUGUUUAGUGUAUUCCCUUUCUGUAUUUUUUCUAUGCAUAUAUAAUUUAUUUUACUACAAGAUUGGACCAUGCUGUGUUUACAGAUUUGUAUCCUGCUUUCUUUAACAUAAUGUGAGCAUUUUCCCUUAACAAUAAAUAUUCUUCAAAUGUUAA